UGAAAGAGGAGGUAUAAAAAUCCUUUUUGCUUUCCAUGUGCUCAGGAAAUAUUUCUUAACUAUUACCUUCGCAUGGUGUGCGUUAAAUCUAGGGUACUACAGCCUCUCUCUGAAUGUGGCGAAGUUCGGCCUUGAUAUUUUUCUCAAUCAACUCAUAUUCGGCCUCUCUGAGAUUCCGGUCCACUUCCUCUGCAUGUGGUCUUUGGAAACGGCUGGAAGGAAGGUGUCUCUGAUGGGUGCCCUCAUAGUAGGAGGGUCUCUCUGUCUCCUGACACUUGUAGUUCCACAAAGUAAUUACAUCGCCAUCGCUGCUCUUGCCACAUGUGCAAGGUUUCUCAUGAAUGGGGCAAGCAGUGUUUGCAAUGUUUAUAUUCAAGAACUGUUCCCCACCUCCAUUUGUCAGACGGCCAUGGGUCUGGGCUCCACUGCAGCAUGUGCUGCAAGUAUGUUGUCUCCUGUGGUGAACCUGCUGGAGAUCUAUCAUUUCACUAUUCCCACUCUGGUGUUUGGCAGCCUGGCACUAGCGAGUGGGAUAAUGGCCUUCCUGCUGCCUGAGACCAGAUGCACUGAGCUGCCUGGUUCAACAGAGGAGGCAGAGGGCAAGAGGGAAAAUAACACACUAUCCCUCUGUUUCCCAAAAGGCGACCAAAAAUUACCAAUCCUGCACCUGGUGAUUGUGAAGACAUCAAAGCAACCAAGUUAUAAGUUCUUAAAAUCUUGGAAGAUGGUGGCUAUUGAUAUGUUUUUAUUCUGUUUAAGAGUUUACAGUCCCAAAAAGUCAGACAUCCAGUCAUUUUCAGGCUUUUGGGGCAGCACAGCAUUUGUAUCAGUGUCUGUUGGAUCAAGUAGGGUGGAAGUGUCCUGUGCUGGCUCUGGAGAUAAGCCAGGAAUGGAUGAGAAUAUGUCAUCUGGAAAGAAGUUGCUUGCUUUUGUCUCUGCAGCCUCACCUUGA